AUGUCUAUCCGAGUGCUGAUCAAGGACCAGCCACAAAAGGCCAUUGCGCUAGCAACGUCCACGCAUGUUCUGAUAUUUCGACAUAGUCCCGCAUCUACACCUGAGCCAGUUAGUAACAGCUCUCGCAAUGCAUCUCAAGUCUCAUUGUCAAGCACGUCCGCAGUCCCACCGCGAUGUAUGGUGGAAUUCUCUGCCUUGGAGGUGGCCGAGCUGAGUGACUUCCGCUCCUUGAGUACACUGUCUGUGCAUGGCACACUGGGUCUAAUCACCGUUAAUAACGACGUGUUCCUGUGCGUGGUGAGCGGCACUUCCAAGGUUGCCACUGUCAGGCCCGGGGAAACCAUUCAGAGGAUAUUGGCUGUCGAGUUCCAUUGCUUGAGUAGUUCCGAUUACGACAACCUGCUAAACGACGAGAUCAAUCCGUAUCCUACGGACACCAUUGAUGAUGAAGGCUUUGAGCAUGGGUAUGGCCACGGCCGCCGGGAGCAUCUCCUGGAGCAUCCGUGUCUGGCUCUGAAGAAGCUGCUGAGUAGCGGAACCUUCUAUUACAGUGCCGAGUUCGACGUGACAAGGAGGCUCCAGAAUAGAUCUUCCGAUGCAGUCACAGUGUCAAUCGACAGUCUGGAUGCCGGUUUCCUCUGGAACUCGUACAUGAUACAGCCGCUCGUUGACUUCCGGUCCCGGCUUCAUCAACACGACAGGGAUGCGCUUGAUUCAUCACGGAUCUUGACGUCCGCGAUCCGGGGGUUCGCCCUCACCAUCGCGGUUCCAGCCUCAUCGUCUCCGGCACGGACAAAUCGAAUAGGGCUACCGUCAAACCUGACCCUCAUUUCGCGUCUCUCAUGUCGCCGAGCAGGGACAAGAUUUAACGCUCGAGGCAUUGACGAUGAUGGCAACGUAGCGAACUUCGUCGAAAGUGAAACAGUCUUUUGGACGCCUUCUGGCCUCUGCUUCUCCUACGUGCAGGUACGGGGUAGCGUUCCCCUAUUCUGGGAGCAGACAGCCGGUCUCCUACCGGGGCAGCAGAAAAUUUCUAUCACGCGUUCGCCUGAAGCGAACCAGCCCGCUUUUGAUAAGCACUUCGACCGCCUUGCGGUAAGCUACGGUGCUGUUCACGUCGUGAACCUGCUCAGCAAUGAAAAGCCGGGCGAGCUCGAGCUCUCCACCAGAUAUCGCUACCAUGUGGAGCACAGCUCACUGAACUUCGGCGAAAAGGAUGACACGGCGGGGCAUGAGCUCCUCAAAAUGACGGACUACGACUUCCACGCAGAAACUCGAGGACCAGGUGGCUAUGAAGCGGCAAGCAUGAUCGUGCGGUACAUCCAGGACUCUGCGGAGGGGUUCGCCUACUACCUUCAGGAAGUGAUCGAGGACUAUCCAAAGACUGGACAAGGCGGCGAUGAGCAAGUCAUUCGAAAGCCUGUCACGAUAUUGCAGCAAGAAGGCGUCUUCCGGGUCAACUGUCUGGACUGCCUGGAUCGAACAAACCUAGUCCAGACCAUCAUCUCGAGGCUGGCGCUUGAAAGUUGCCUCGACCACCGAGGGGAGCGGGGGAAUUCCGACUUCUGGAUCAGGCAUGGAAGCUUGUGGGCUGAUAAUGGAGAUGCAUUGUCCAGAAUCUAUGCCGGCACUGGGGCCCUCAAGUCAUCGUUCACGAGGCAUGGAAAGAUGUCACUAGCUGGCGCAUUGGCGGAUGCGCGAAAGAGUGCCACUCGUAUGUACAUCAAUAACUUUGCGGACAAGGGCCGCCAGAACACAAUUGACAUGCUCCUGGGACGGCUUGUUGGUCAAGCACCAGUUCACUUGUAUGAUCCAAUCAAUGAUUAUGUUACAAGCGAGCUUGUUAAACGUGCAGCGGAGUACUCAUCUUCGGAGACGAUAAAUAUAUGGACAGGAACCUUCAACCUCAAUGGCCGCACGGAUGGCAUCCACGAAGACCUCUCAUCGUGGCUAUGCCCAUCUGUGGGUGCUUCGCAAGAGUUUCCAGAGCUUGUCGCGGUCGGCUUCCAAGAAAUUGUCGAGCUCAGCCCUCAGCAGAUCAUGUCAACUGAUCCAGCACGGCGCCAGGCCUGGGAAUCCGCUGUUAAGAAGACAUUGAAUCUCAACGCACAGAAGCAUAGUCACGAAGAAUACGUCCUGCUUCGAGGUGGCCAGCUUGUGGGAGCAUCACUCUCCAUAUUCGUAAAGGCCAGCGUACUCGGCUCCAUUAAGAACGUCGAAGGCAGCCUGAAAAAGACAGGCAUGUCUGGGAUGGCGGGGAAUAAAGGCGCUGUGGCUAUCCGAAUGGAAUACGCGAACACAUCUCUGUGUUUCGUGACAGCGCAUCUCGCGGCCGGCUUUGCCAAUUACGAUGAGCGUAACCGAGAUUACCACACAAUCAGUCACGGCUUAAGAUUCCAGAGAAAUCAGUCCAUCGAUGACCACGAUGCCGUAAUCUGGCUUGGCGACUUCAACUACCGCAUUGGACUCAACAACGAGAAGGUCCGGAAGUUGGCCGAAAUUGGAGACUUCGAAAGACUAUAUGAGAACGAUCAGCUCAACAUCCAAAUGGUUGCUGGCUUGACCUUUCCGUAUUAUGCCGAAGCAAGGAUUACCUUCCCGCCGACGUACAGAUAUGACCUUGGAACAGACCGCUAUGAUACUUCGGAGAAAGCCCGUAUACCGGCGUGGUGCGACCGCAUCCUUCGGAAGGGCAGCAACUUGCGUCAGAUAAAAUACAGCAGCGCCCCAUUACGGUUUUCGGACCAUCGACCUGUCUAUGCCAGCUUCCUGUGCGAAAUCAGCACGAUAGACGAGAAGAAGAGAGACGAGCUACGUAGCCAGAUGUAUCGGCAACGGCGCGGUGCUGUCGCGGAUAUCACCGCCAACGGCGGAACCGACGACGAAGACGAGGACGACCUCAUUGGCUAUGACUCGAUCGAGCCGGGGUUGCCACCCGCGAGCUCCGAUCGUCGAAAAUGGUGGUUAGACAGCGGUAAGGGCCUUCCGGCCCGCUCGAAGAUCCAUCCGCCUGGGGACAACCUCGUUGUCAACCCAAAUCGCCCCUCGAAUCCAUUUACACCCACCAACGAGCCAGACUGGGUGCAUGUUCAACAUCCUAACGGCACAUCUGAUGGAGUUCGCCGCGCUCAAACCAUAGCUUCGAGGCCAGAGCAGCAGUCACGCCAGCCCGCAGCUCGCAAAUUGCCGCCCCCCUUUGAUCCUUCGCAGACCUCGCCACACCGGUCUUCACAAGACUUUGAUGGACAGAAAGACGAGCGUGUUCCCGUUGUUCGCUCCCUGUCUCGCGCUUCUACCGCCUCGAUGCCCAACAGUCUGAAUCGUAAACCGGCUCCUCCAGUGCCAAAGAAACCGACGCUGUUAAGCAAAGCUGGACCAUCAGUUGCAGGGCAAGCAAGUCCAACAUCGCGCCAACUGACCGCUACAUCUAGCUCGCCAGCGAGAGAACCAGCCUCAACGCCUCCGCGUCGAUCCGCAGCGCUCCGGAAGCCUAUACCGCAGUCUUUAUCUGGACCAGAACUAGCGGAUGCCGGACCACCACUGCCGCCACGACGGACUACGGAACAGCUAAUGGACGAUAAUGAUGAAGCUGCAGUGGAUGGGUUGAAAGGCUGGGAGGUGCUAAAGCCAUCAUGA